AUGUAUGAAAGGACUGCAGCUGAAAUUUCUGAAACGUUCGCUACUCUUCUUUCCUUCACAGAAUCUCAUCAACCUGCGUCCGUCAACCUUACUUCCGAGUCAAAGCAAUCCGACUGGGAAAGAGAGCACAAUAUCCCCGCUUCCUACACUUUCCGAUUCAGUCGACUUCCGACUCAGUCAACUCCGACCCAGCUUUCUCCCAUUCAGCCAACUCCGGCUCCGCUUUCUCCCAUUCAGCCAACUCCGAUCAAGCCAACUCCGAUCCAGCCAACUCCGAUCCAGCCAACUCCGAUUCAGCCAACUCUGAUUCAGCCAACUCCUAUCAAGCCAACUCUCAUCCAGCCAACUCCCAUUCAGCCAACUCCAAUCCAGCCAACUCCGAUUCAGCCGAUUCAGCCAGCUUACGAACAACCAACUCCGAUUCAGCCAGCUUCCGAGCAACAAAUGGACAUCUAA